AUGGAACGUGUUUCUGAAACUUUUCUUCUGCAUCCACAAACAUCUAAAAAACGUGCAUCAAUUGAUCUUGGUAUCUCCCGUAGAAGCUUAGGCCGUCUUAUGCAGGAUCUAAAUUUAAAACUAUAUAAACCAAGAUUAUUACAAGCUUUAAACGAAGAUGAUCCAGAUCGAAGAACAGAAUUUUGUGAAUGGGUUUUAGAUUCAUUUGAAGAAGAUCCAACUCUAUUGGAUCGAAUUCUAUGGACGGACGAGGCCAUAUUCAAAGUAAACGGUCGUGUUAAUAGACACAAUUGCGUUUAUUGGAGUGAUACAAAUCCACACCUCGUUAUUGAACAAGAACUCAAUGUACCACAGGUGGUUGUUUGGGGAGGAAUAUGA